UGAGGCCCGGGUAGCCGGCGUGACUUUGAGCGCUUCCCGCUCUGCUGCCGGUGCAGAGCAGAGCACGGCCGAGCAGGAGCCCUGGAAGCGGCUGAUCCAGACUUGCCAUGCGUCUGCUGCGGGUCGCCGCGGCCCUGGGCCGUGGACCGCUCCCUCGGGUCCCUGCCGCCCUGGGCUGGCAGGGGAAGCAGGCUAAUUGGAAGGCCUGCCGGUGGUGUUCGUCAGGAAUAGUUCCCAAUGAGAAAAUACGAAAUAUUGGCAUCUCCGCCCACAUUGACUCCGGGAAGACAACGUUAACAGAACGGGUGCUGUACUAUACGGGCAGGAUUGCCACGAUGCACGAGGUGAAAGGCAAAGAUGGAGUGGGUGCUGUCAUGGAUUCCAUGGAACUAGAGAGACAGAGAGGGAUCACCAUCCAGUCAGCAGCCACCUACACCAUGUGGAAAGACAUCAAUAUCAACAUUAUAGAUACCCCAGGGCACGUGGACUUCACAAUAGAAGUGGAAAGGGCCCUGCGGGUGUUGGAUGGCGCCAUCUUGGUUCUCUGUGCCGUCGGUGGGGUCCAGUGCCAGACCAUGACUGUCAACCGCCAGAUGAAGCGCUACAACGUCCCCUUUUUAACCUUCAUCAACAAGCUGGACCGGAUGGGCUCCAACCCAGCCAGGGCCCUUCAACAAAUGAGAUCCAAACUAAAUCACAAUGCAGCAUUUGUGCAAAUGCCCAUUGGUCUGGAGGGCGAUUUUAAGGGCAUUAUAGACCUCAUUGAGGAACGAGCUAUUUACUUUGAUGGAGACUUUGGUCAGAUUGUCCGGUAUGCGGAGAUUCCAGCUGAGCUGAGGGCUGCAGCAGCUGACCACCGGCAGGAGCUAAUUGAAUGUGUUGCUAAUUCAGAUGAGCAGCUUGGUGAGCUCUUCCUGGAAGAAAAAAUCCCCUCGGUUUCUGAUUUAAAGCUGGCAAUCCGGAGAGCCACCCUCAGCAGAUCCUUCACUCCAGUGUUCCUGGGAAGUGCUCUAAAGAACAAAGGAGUCCAGCCUCUCCUGGACGCUGUCUUAGAAUACCUUCCCAACCCGUCUGAGGUCCAGAACUAUGCCAUACUCAACCAGGAUGACUCAAAAGAGAAGACCAAAAUCUUAAUGAACUCCCAAAGAGACAAUUCCCAUCCGUUUGUGGGCCUGGCUUUUAAACUGGAGGCUGGCCGCUUCGGACAGCUAACGUACGUCCGCAAUUACCAAGGGGAACUAAAGAAGGGCAACACCAUCUACAACACGAGGACGGGAAAGAAGGUGCGCGUGCAGAGGCUGGUGCGCAUGCACGCCGACAUGAUGGAGGAUGUUGAAGAAGUGUACGCUGGAGACAUCUGUGCAUUGUUUGGCAUUGACUGUGCAAGUGGAGACACGUUCACGAACAAAGACAACAGUGGCCUUUCCAUGGAAUCAAUUCAUGUUCCUGAACCUGUCAUCUCAGUAGCAAUGAAGCCUUCUAACAAGAAUGAUUUGGAAAAGUUUUCAAAAGGCAUUGGCAGGUUUACACGGGAGGACCCCACAUUUAAAGUCCAUUUUGACGCCGAGAGCAAGGAGACAAUUGUAUCUGGAAUGGGAGAAUUACACCUGGAAAUCUAUGCUCAGAGAAUGGAGAGAGAGUAUGGCUGCCCUUGCAUCAUAGGAAAGCCCAAAGUGGCCUUUAGAGAGACCAUCACUGCCCCUGUGCCGUUUGAUUUCACACAUAAGAAGCAGUCCGGCGGGGCUGGCCAGUUUGGGAAGGUGAUCGGUGCGCUGGAGCCCCUGGCCCCAGAGGAGUACACCAAGCUGGAGUUUUCCGACGAGACCUUCGGGUCCAACGUGCCCAAGCAGUUUGUGCCUGCCGUUGAGAAGGGGUUUUUGGAUGCCUGCGAAAAGGGUCCUCUUUCCGGUCACAAGCUUUCUGGGCUGCGGUUUGUUCUGCAAGACGGUGCACACCACAUGGUUGAUUCUAAUGAAAUCUCUUUCAUCCGAGCUGGAGAAGGUGCUCUUAAACAAGCUUUGGCCAAUGCCACAUUGUGUAUCAUUGAACCCAUUAUGUCCGUGGAGGUUGUAGCUCCUAACGAGUUUCAGGGAGCAGUGAUCGCAGGGGUUAACCGGCGCCACGGAGUAAUCACAGGACAAGACGGGGUCGAGGACUAUUUUACACUCUAUGCCGAUGUUCCCCUAAAUAAUAUGUUCGGCUACUCCACUGAACUUAGGUCUUGCACAGAGGGCAAAGGAGAGUACACGAUGGAGUACUGCAGAUACCAGCCCUGCUCCCCGGCCACACAGGAGGAACUCGUUAAUAAGUAUUUGGAAGCUACAGGUCAGCUUCCUGUAAAGAAAGGAAAAGCCAAGAACUGACUCUCCUCACUUUGCAUGUAGUGACUUAUUUGACUACAAGAUUUAGAGAAGAUGGAUCCAGGAGAAUGAAUUCAGAUGGCUGAAUUCUAGGAGCCCUGCUGUCUCCUGUUCAGGAGAUUCAGCGUAUAUGCAAAGAUAAUUAUGUACAUAUAUUUAAACUAUUGACUAUUUUAUUGUUUAAUGAAAGACAUUAAAUAAAAUUAUAUUAUUACUGAAGUAUAUUUUAAUAUUUAUUAAGGGAAGAAGAGAAUAUUAAUUCAGCCUAGAAUAUAUUUAAAUUUGUUUUAUAAUUUUUUUUGACAAAUGUGUGUAGCCUAUGUUGACCUCAAAACUCACAAUCCUUUUGCCAAGUACUAGGACUGUGGGUGUGCAGUCCGUGCCCCCCACAACCCCGUGUGCAGGUGUGUGUAUGUUUACGGUUCUGUGUGUGAAUGUGCACACCAGGGGCUGUGUUCUCGUCUCCUAACUCAGGUUUGAGAUACCGUCUCUGACUAAACCUGAAGCUGGAGUGUGACUGACCCCUGGAUCUUCCCGCCCCUGCUUCCCCAGCACUAGGGUUGCAGGGGUGUGCCAUGCCCGGCUGACCUUACCGGGUUCUGCAGCUUGAACUUGGGGCCUGCGAAACUGAGUCAUCUCUCCAGCUCCCUAAAUUUUUUAUCAUGAGAAUUUUCGACAUUCAAAAAAGCUGAAAAACAGUACAGAAUAGCCAUGUAGCUUCUUCCAUUCAUAUUCAAGAGCCAAUGCUUUUACAAUGGUUUACUUUUCAAAUAAGUUGUUCAUUGUCUCUGUGGCAUACAUUGAUUUAAAAGUUACUCUGUUGAGGCCAUGAAAGUAAACAUUGUACAUCACGACAUUUCUUGGAAUAUCAUUUAAACGUGAAUCAUUAUGAUC